CGCGCCAGCUGGCAGCAUCCCCGGUUCCGGUUCCCAUGGCAACACUAACAGCGCCGCCAGCCUGCUUGGAAAGGGAGCCGGGAUGGCUAAGAUGGUGGACGUGGGCUCAGGUCUAGAGAGCCGGGACGUGGCCUCCCUCCACAGGGAUCAGCUUGAGAAGCUGCUGCAGUUUAAGAUAAACACCAAGAUUGCUAAUGAGAAAUACUUGCGUUCCCACAAAGAAGUGGAGCUGCUGCUGUCAGGAUUUCUCAGAGAAGUCCUCCUGCAGAGACCAGAGAAUAUACGGGAGUUUGCAGCUGAUUAUUUUACCAACCCAGAACUCCCCAGGAAGAUCCAGCAGGAAAUGAUGGAGAACCUCAACCAGGCCCUCUGACAGUCCUGUCACCCCAUUUCGGCUUCUUGUCGUAACAAACAUGGCUUUCCCACCCCACAGGGUUUCGCGGCCCUUUGCUUUGUCAUGCUUCUCAGGACCCACUUCUUCUUUCGCAUUUCUUCUCUGCUGUUCUUCUCCUAGCAACUAAGGCUGACAAUAAAGCUGAACUUUGGGGAGAAAACAGAUGAACUGUAGCUGUACAUUUGUGCUGAUAAAUAUCUACUCAGGGAAGAACCAUGUUGCCCAUGGGGCCUUUUAAAAAAAGGUGCAGAGUAGCUAGA